GGAAAAUGCAGUAGCCAAGAACAGUGCUUUCUUUGGAGCAGGACACGGAUCAAUAUGGAUGGACGAGGUUAGAUGUACAGGAACCGAGACUAAUUUAUUUCAUUGUUCUAAAUCAGAACUUGGUGAUCACGAUUGUAGCCAUGGUGAAGAUGCAGGAGUUAUUUGCUCAUUAGAUAAUAUAAGACUUGUCAAUGGAUCGUUGCCCUAUGAGGGACGGGUAGAGAUUAAACAUAACGGUGUUUGGGGUACAAUAUGUGAUGACGAAUGGGACAAUAAAGACGCAGCCGUUGUCUGUUCUAUGCUAGGCUUUCCGAGAAAUUUUGCAACAGCCAAUUCGGGCGCAUUUUAUGGACAAGGAAGUGGCAAAAUUUGGAUCGACGAUUUGUCAUGUAAUGGUCAUGAAUCUAUUAUAUUGCAAUGCAAUAUCACAGCAUUAGGCACACAUAACUGUCAACACAGUGAGGAUGCAGGAGUACUUUGUUCACGUGUUCAGGAUGUUCGAUUUGCAAAUGGAAACACAAUUGCGAUGGGUCUAGUGGAGAUAAAAAUUAAAGGUGCGUGGGGAACUAUCUGUAAUAAUGACUGGGACGAUAAUACAGCAGCUGUAGUGUGCUCAAUGCUUGGACUUUCAAGACAAAAUGCAGUGUCCAAGAACGGGUCUUUCUUUGAACCAGGAUAUGGACUUAUAUGGAUGGAUAAGGUUAAAUGUACUGGAAAUGAAAUAAAUUUAUUCCAGUGUCCUAAAGCAGAAUUUGGAGAUGACAAUUGUGGUCACAGCGAAGAUUUGGGAGUUAGUUGCUCAUUG